AUGGGAGAUCCAGCGGAGAGGUUGGAAUCGGAGGGUUUGGAUUCCGGCGCCGUCGUCAAGACCGAUGACUUGUGCAUGGAAAUCGAUCCGCCAUUUCAGGAAAACGUCGCCACCGCCGAGGACUGGAGGAAAGCGCUCAACAGAGUCGUCCCCGCCGUCGUCGUCCUCCGCACCACCGCCACUCGCUCCUUCGACACUGAGUCCGCCGCCGCUAGCUACGCUACCGGCUUCAUCGUCGACAAGUGCCGCGGCAUCAUUCUCACCAAUCGCCACGUCGUCAAACCAGGUCCUGUGGUUGCUGAAGCCAUGUUUCUGAAUCGCGAAGAGGUUCCAGUGCAUCCGAUUUACAGAGAUCCGGUACAUGAUUUUGGGUUCUUUCGUUAUGAUCCUGGUGCUAUACAAUUUCUGAACUAUGAAGAGAUACCUCUUGCUCCUGAAGGUGCCUGUGUUGGACUAGAAAUUAGAGUUGUUGGUAAUGAUAGUGGCGAGAAGGUUUCCAUUUUGGCUGGUACUCUUGCUCGUUUGGAUAGGGAUGCUCCUCAUUAUAAGAAGUAUGUUGUAGAAUAUCUGGAUGGGUACAAUGACUUCAACACAUUCUAUAUGCAAGCAGCAUCUGGGACCAAAGGAGGAUCAAGUGGUUCCCCAGUUAUAGAUUGGCAAGGCAGGGCUGUGGCCCUGAAUGCUGGGAGCAAGUCAUCCAGUGCAUCAGCAUUCUUUCUACCUCUAGAACGAGUGGUGAGGGCCUUAAGGUUUCUUCAAAAGGGAAGUGAAACUUAUGUUGAUAAAUGGAAGGCAGUUUCUAUACCUCGUGGUACACUUCAGGUGACAUUUCUCCAUAAAGGGUUUGAUGAGACUCGUCGCCUUGGGCUCAAAAGUGAGACAGAGCAGAUAGUACGCCAGGCUUCUCCAUCUGGUGAAACUGGAAUGCUUGUUGUGGAUUCUGUGGUGCCAGGUGGUCCAGGUUAUAAACAUUUGGAACCAGGUGAUGUACUUGUUCGUGUCAAUGGAGAAGUCAUUACUCAAUUCCUGAAGCUGGAGACUCUACUUGAUGACAGUGUAAGCAAGAAUAUUGAAUUACAAAUUGAAAGGGGUGGCACAUCAAAGAGUUUAACUUUGUUGGUGCAAGAUUUGCACUCAAUAACACCUGAUUAUUUUUUAGAAGUGAGUGGGGCAGUAAUACACCCUCUUUCCUAUCAGCAGGCUAGAAACUUCCGUUUCCAUUGCAGUCUUGUUUAUGUGGCUGAACCAGGAUAUAUGCUCUUCAGAGCAGGUGUUCCUCGCCAUGCAAUAAUCAAGAAAUUUGCUGGUGAAGAAAUAUCUUGUCUUGAGGAACUAAUAACAUUUCUUUCUAAGCUAUCUAGGGGUGCACGAGUACCUUUGGAAUAUAUAAGCUACAUGGAUCGUCAUCGAAGGAAGCAUGUGUUGGUCACAGUUGAUCGGCAUGAAUGGUAUGCACCACCCCAGAUAUACACUCGUGAUAACAGUACUGGCCUUUGGAUUGCUAAGCCAGCUUUUCAGCUUGACUCCCCCUUUCUAUCAUCUGGUGCUAAAGAUGUUGAAAAUCUGUCAAGACAGCCAAUUUCACUAACUGUUGAGCAUGCUUGUGCGGGUCAUGUGUGUGAAGAUAACAAUCAGGAGUUUGUUGACGGUGUCACUAACAUGGAAACCAAUUGUGAAGAUCCCUCAGAGUGUGCAUCUCAUCACAAUGCAUCUGAUGGCAUGAUAAAAAAACGAAGAGUGGAGGAAGAUUUAUCAGCUGAUGGAAGUGUUGUUACUGAUUUUUCCCUAAACGAUACCAGGGAAACUAAGCUAGAUAAAUCAAGUGUCAUAGAGGAUGACAUGUUAAUGGAUUUUCAAGGUGCAACUGCCGCUGCAGCAAAUGCAUCAGUUGCUGAACGUGUGAUUGAGCCUACUCUUGUGAUGUUUGAGCAUGGUACUAAUGCUGACUCUGGUUUUCGUAUGGUUUUUAAAUUAUUCCGAUGGGACGUGCAGGUUUUUGUUCCCCCAUCUUGUAUGCUUGAUGGUGUUCAUUCACAGCACUUUUUUGGAACUGGUGUCAUAAUAUAUCACUCCCAAGAUAUGGGAUUAGUUGUAGUUGACAAGAAUACAGUUGCAAUAUCUGCCUCUGAUGUAAUGCUAUCCUUCGCUGCCUUCCCAGUUGAAAUUCCAGGAGAGGUUGUGUUUCUCCAUCCUGUUCACAAUUAUGCUCUCAUAUCAUAUGAUCCUUCAGCAUUGGGACCUGUUGGUGGUUCAGUUGUUCGUGCUGCAGAGUUACUUCCAGAGCCAGCAUUACGGCGGGGAGAUUCUGUUUACCUUGUGGGGUUGAGUAGAAGCCUUCAAGCAACUUCUAGGAAAUCAGUUGUUACCAAUCCUUAUGCUGCAUUAACUAUAGGAUCUGCUGAUUCCCCUCGCUACAGAGCAACCAAUAUGGAAGUAAUUGAGCUCGAUACAGAUUUUGGCAGUACAUUUUCGGGUGUGCUAACAGAUGAACUAGGAAGGGUCCAAGCUAUAUGGGGAAGCUUCUCAACUCAGCUGAAAUUUGGUUGCAGUACCUCGGAAGAUCAUCAAUUUGUGAGAGGUAUUCCAAUUUAUGCAAUAAGUCAGGUUCUUGACAAGAUUGUAUCUGGUGCAAAUGGGCCUCCUCUUCUCAUAAAUGGUGUCAAAAGGCCUAUGCCACUUUUAAGAAUUUUAGAGGUUGAACUUUAUCCAACAUUGCUAUCGAAGGCUCGUAGUUUUGGAUUGAGUGAUGAUUGGAUUCAGGCACUUGUUAAGAAAGAUCCAGUGAGACGUCAGGUUUUACGUGUUAGAGGUUGUUUGGCUGGAUCAAAGGCUGAAAAUCUUUUAGAACAAGGCGAUAUGGUCUUAGCAAUCAAUAAAGAACCAGUCACAUGUUUCCGAGACAUUGAAAAUGCUUGCCAAGCGUUAGACAAAUUAAAUUCGACAGAUGGGAAGCUUCACAUGACUAUUUUCCGGCAGGGACGAGAGGUUGAACUUCUUGUGGGAACAAAUGUUAGGGAUGGAAAUGGCACUGCCCGUGCAAUUAAUUGGUGUGGUUGUAUUGUACAAGAUCCACAUCCAGCAGUUCGUGCUCUUGGUUUUCUUCCCGAAGAAGGUCAUGGUGUAUAUGUGGCAAGGUGGUGUCAUGGGAGUCCUGUACAUAGAUAUGGUCUAUAUGCUCUUCAAUGGAUAGUGGAAAUUAAUGGAAAACCAACUCCAAAUCUAGAUGCUUUCGUUGAUGUGACAAAGGAACUAGAACAUGGGGAGUUUGUUCGGGUAAGGACAAUUCACCUCAAUGGGAAGCCACGAGUCCUAACAUUAAAGCAAGAUUUGCACUACUGGCCUACGUGGGAAUUGAGAUUUGAUCCAAAUUCUGCGAUGUGGCAUCGCAAUAUAAUCAAGGGAUUGAACUGCAGUACUUGA